AAGCUUUGUUGGGUUAUAUAAGACACUGUAACUGAUUAUGGAUGUAUCGAUAUCUAUUAAUAAAUCAAUUGAACUGAAGAUAUAAUAAAGAAUAAUUUAACAAAUUCAUAUCUUUUCUUAAACUUAUGUAAAUAAUAUCUUUGAUUAAAUUAAUGUAAUUUUACUUGAAAAACAUUUCACUAUAACAAUAAAAUUUGUUUAAUAAUGAGAUAAUUACCUUUGUCAUGUAAACACAUAAAAUGAGCACAAAUAAACUUUUCACAUGUCCACCUUAUCAGGAACAGCAUCCACUCUUCUGUUACCUCGUGGAACAUUGGCUUAUUGUAAUAGAAAAAUAAAUCAAAACCUGGAAGAGGAAACAGGAAUUGAUCAACUCACUUCAGAUGAAAUAUUUCGUCCAGAAAUUGAAAGUGAAAGAUUAGUAAUCAAUGUAAGCGGUUUACGUUUUGAAACUCAAGCACAAACAGUCAAUCAAUUUCCUGAUACCUUACUAGGUAAUCCCAAUAAACGUAAUCACUAUUAUGAUCCGUUAAGAAAUGAAUAUUUUUUCGACAGAAAUCGAUCAAGUUUUGACGGUAUACUUUAUUUUUAUCAAAGCGGUGGACGACUUCGACGACCUGUUAAUGUGCCAAUAGAUGUAUUCAAUGAAGAAAUAAAAUUCUAUGAAUUAGGUGACGAAGCAUUGGCCAAAUAUCGUGAGGAAGAAGGAUUUAUUAAAGAGGAACCAAAAAUUCUACCAAGAAAUCGUUUUCAACGCAAAGUCUGGCUUUUAUUUGAAUACCCAGAAAGUUCAUUAGCUGCACGUAUAUUGGCUAUUGGUUCAGUAUUUGUUAUUCUUUUAUCAAUUAUAAUUUUUUGUUUGGAAACUCUACCACAUUUUCGUCGAUAUAAAAUAAUGAAUAACCAUAAUUCUACUUUAUGUUAUGAAGAAUUAACUUUUGAAGAAGAUGAUUUACCAACAAUUGACCAACCAUUUUUCAUCAUUGAAACAUUUUGUAUAGUAUGGUUCAGUUGUGAACUACUAGUACGUUUUGCUUCAUCUCCGAAAAAAUUUGAAUUUUUCAAAGUGCUAAUGAAUGUUAUUGAUGUGGUUUCAAUUAUACCAUAUUUCAUAACUCUUGGCGCUGUAAUUAUCGAUGAUCCUAAACAACUUAAUCAGACAACAUCAUUAGCUGUACUAAGAGUUAUUCGGCUUGUUCGCGUUUUUCGUAUAUUCAAAUUAUCAAGACAUUCAAAAGGACUACAAAUUUUAGGACAAACACUAAGAGCAAGCGUCCGAGAAUUAGGAUUACUAGUAUUCUUCUUACUUAUUUGUGUUAUUCUCUUUUCAUCAGCUGUAUAUUUUGCUGAAGCUGAUGCUGACACUUCAUUAUUUCGUAGUAUACCUGAUGGAUUUUGGUGGGCUGUUGUAACAAUGACAACAGUUGGUUAUGGAGACAUGCGACCGGUAACUGUAUGGGGUAAAUUAAUUGGUUCAUUAUGUGCUAUCGCUGGUGUACUAACUAUUGCACUUCCUGUUCCUGUGAUUGUAUCAAAUUUUAAUUAUUUCUAUCAUCGUGAAACAGAAUCAGAUGAUAUAUCACACUCUAUUUCUUCAUCAUUAGAAACAGAUGAUGAUGUUGACAAUAAAGAACAACAUACAAAUACAAAAGUUCGUAGUAUUACUUAUAAUAUCAAUAGUAGUGGUAGUAGUAGAUCCAUAAAGACAAUUUCACAUAACGAGAGUAGUGUUAACAGUCAAUAUGAUACAACAAUAACCAGUGCCUUGAAACAAAAUUCUAUUACAUUAAAAAAGUAAUCACAUACUCUCGGUUUUCUUCUCAUAACAUUCUAAUUGUUUUUCAUCAGUUCAUGAAUCUACGAUAGUCAAUUUCGUUUAAUCAAUAUUAUGCUCAACUAC